AUGAAUGAUUUCCACCUUGGGCAAAGUCCCGAGAAUUUCCAUGGCCAGGAACUCACAGACUACGUCGAUCAGUCAAUCAAAGAUGAAGAAGUUUUCCACUACUUUGGGUUCGAGUACCUGCAUCGCCUGAACAUUGUCUCUCUGCAGAACCAACUGAUUGCGCUGAGAGAGUCAAUCGCAGCAGGGACUUGUAAUCGCGAUCAAGAUCCAGAUCGGCUGAAAUGCCUUCUAUCAGACUAUACCAAUGCAGUACGAAACUACAACUACGUUCGACAGGGGCAACGAUUAUCUCCACAAGAGACCGAAACGAGGAAGCUGCGCCUGAAAUCAAAGUUCCCGUCCAUGGUCUUGAGACAUCGGAAGACGCGACCCUUUGAAUCCCAUUAUUACUACCUCCAAGACGGAAAUUCGGAUUCCAAAGUCGAAUUCUUCCGCGACUUUUUGAGGAGGCAUCUGCCCCGUAGAUGGACGUAUACCAAGGAGGAGCGACAUAACCGGCUACAAGAGUACCAGCAGGGCAAACCACCGCUUCAGAUUUCCAAGGCAGUAGACAAGACUGUGCGUCUGGGAGUGUCCCUCCUCGCAGUCGCAGCGUUGGUGGCUCCCAUGUGCAUCAUGAUACUGAACCCGUCGAUGACCAAGAGUUUGAUCACGUCGUCCCUGUUCAUGAUAGCUUUUGCGGUUGGCAUCUCAUUCGGGAUGAAGACGUCAAACUCUGAGACUCUUGUGGCUACGGCGACAUACUCGGCUGUCCUUGUUGUCUUUGUGGGCACGAAUUCGGGGUCUUCGUCGGGGGCAUCCUAA